CUGCCCAUACCCGAUCGUUGCCAGGUUACGCAACGUUUCAUUUCUAUCUAGCAAAAUGGUGAAAAGUGACGACGUCCGGGACAACGUUAAGAAAUACUAUGGCAGUCGGCUGGAGUCUUCUUGUGAUUUGCAAACAAGUGCUGCCUCCUGUAGUUUGUCCUGCAGCCCACUGCCAACAAGUGUCAAAGAAGCUCUGAGUCUGGUUCACCCCGAGGUUACCAAAAGAUUCUUCGGGUGUGGUCUUCCAUUUCCAGCGAAGCUCGAGGGCUGCAGAGUCCUGGACCUGGGCAGCGGCUCUGGACGAGACUGUUUUGCCUUUAGUAAACUUGUUGGACCAAACGGACAUGUGACAGGAAUCGAUAUGACAGAGGAGCUGAUCACUGCGUCUUGUCAGUAUGUUGAGUAUCAUCAAAAGAAGUUUGGCCAUGAAAAGCCCAAUGUCACUUUUGUCCAGGGGUACAUGGAGAAACUCAAUGAGGCAGGCAUACAGAAGGACUCAGUGGAUGUUGUGAUAUCCAACUGUGUAAUAUGUCUGUGCCCCGAUAAAAAAACAGUGCUACAACAAGCCUACGAUGUCUUAAAGGAAGGAGGAGAAUUUUAUUUCAGUGACAUGUAUGCCAGCAGCAUAAUUCCUGCUCAAAUGAAGCAGGAUCCAGUCCUGUGGGGCGAGGGAAUGGGCGGCUCCCUGUUUUGGAAAGACUUUAUUCCAUUGGCCCUUGGUGUUGGUUUCAGCACCCCUUACCUUGUUUCAGCAAGCCUCAUUGAAGUCCACAACAGUGAGCUCAAAGCAAAAGCAGGUGACAUCAAGUAUGCUUCAGGCACUUACCGGCUCUUUAAGCUGCCCAAUUGUCCAGUGAUGUCAAGUGCAUCUGUGACUUAUAAAGGAACAGUGGCAGAGUUUCCAGAUCAGCUGGACUUUGAUUCGUCCCAUUGUUUCCAGAAAGAUAAGGCAGUGGAGGUAAAUGGAGAAAUGGCAGCAAUUCUGCAGUGUUCCAGAUUCUCAAAGGAUUUCCAAAUCCAAAUGUUAGAGAAACAUGAGUCCGACUCCAAACCGACACAGUAUUGUCACCUCAACCCAUUUCUUCUGGCCGACCAACGGGGGUCCUCUGUGAAGCAAUGCUCCAAAACCGGCAAAUGAAAGGGCAGCUGCAACCAGAAGAAAGUAUUUAAAGAUUAAAAAAAAAGAACUUUAACACAUAUUCACAUUUUAAAAUGAAUGUUUUUAGUAAUAACUACUAAUGUAAUAAUUUCUUGUUGUCAGGAAGUGUUUUUCAGAUUAUCUCAGAUGUGCCCAGACCAGUGGAGUCAGUAUUUAAUUCAGUUAAGUUUUGUUAAAUUUUACAAUGCUAAUUACGCAGUGAAUCAUUGUUAUAAUUUAUCUUCAAGGAUUUAUUAAAUAUCUUUAAAUCUAAUUUUAUUUCAUUUCAUACAAUCAGCUGGUUGUUAAUUAUCUGUUGGACACUGUUCAUGUUUGAAAAUGGUUUUACAUGUGAAAAAGCCAUAUAUGUUGAUGGAGAUCAAAGACUGAAAUGCAUUCAUUCUCAUGACUGUGCAAUAAUAAAAAUUCAGUUAUUAUGCAGCACUA